AUGCUAGCGACGCAGGAAUCUGCCUACCGGAGAGGCGUGCAGUUGCUGAGCUUUGGGUUUCUGGGUGUCUUUGGAGGCUUUCAGGCAGCCCAAGGGCUGCAAAGCUCGCUGAAUGCGAACCUGGGUGAGCUUAAUCUGGCAGCCCUGUAUGGCACGUUCUCCAUCCUUUGUUUAGUCGCCCCUCCUCUACUAGUCAACUUGGAGCAAUGCCUGGGGAUGCAACUCAUCUUGCUGAUUUGCUCUGCAGCGUAUUCGGCCAUGGCGCUCUCGAACUUGCUGGUGGUACCAGCUGAGCCCUCACCAGUCUGGGCGGUCCCUGUGGCUUUCAAUGUUCUCGUCGGGGUUGCAGCGCCGCUUCUUUGGACAGCGCAGAACACUUAUGUGGGUCGGAGCGCUGUUUCAGUGGCCAAGCUCUUGCAGGAGCCAACGGAGAAGUGGACCACCAGCUAUAACAGCCUCUUCUUCUCCAUUUACCAGUUCGCUGGCAUGAUUGGCAAUGUCUUGUCUUCGGUCAUUUUGUUGUCCUUGAAGGAGGUCGCCUGGGCGAAGGAGGCGCUCUUUGUGACCUUGGGACUCUUGAGCUUCGUUGGGGCCUUGGUCUUUCUGGCCAUGCCGACAGUGGAAGGAGCUAACGACAAGCAUGCUGGGAUCUUGGACACCAGCAGGUUGGCUGUGACGGAUGCCAAGGUGACGCUGAUGAUCCCGUUGAUGUUGACCAAUGGGAUGACCUUGGCCUUUUUCUUGGGAGACUUCCAAACGGAUGUGACCUGUCCGGUGGCUGGCUCUGGCUUCACUGGCUUGGUGAUUGCAAGCUUCUUCGGGGCCAACGGUUUAUGUUCCGCCUUUUGGGGGCAAAUGAUCUCAAGACGACGUGCUACGCGAAGGGCGGUCUUUUGCUUGGCCUCCCUACUCUUGGCUUUAUUCCUAGUACUGAAGAUAUUUUGGCAUGUUCCAACGAACUAUCGAUUGCCCGCUGGCAGUAUGAAGUGGGAGAUGAUCAGUGAACCUAAACCUUUGGAUGUCUUUGUCAUCUUCCUGUUGGCCGUGAUCUUCGCCGCAGGGGAUUCCUUCUUUGAGGCUGGACCACCGAUGACGCUACAGAGCUUCUACGCUGGAUCCAGCUGCCUAAUGCCAGCCAUGGCCAAUUACAAGCUUUGGCAGAGCUUGGGCUUCGCUAUCCAGUUCUUCAUCGCGAUACCUUUGAAGGACUUCCCAGUCCUCCGAGGAGGGAAGCAAAUCUUGGCGGACUUCCCCGAGCCGCGGAACGUGCCAGCGGCCGUUGCGGAUGCCUCCCAGCGGGGUCCUGGCCUGGGUGUCUUCACCAAUGCCGGCCUGGAAUCACCCGCGGGCAAAGGCCAUCCUGCAGCGGCGGCGGCGUACUCUCAUCAAGCAGGUCUGGCUGCGACCUCCUUGUCAGUGGCCAAUCUUCUGCCUCCCCCAGGUGCGCGACCGGAGCUAAGUGCUUUGUUGCAGAGCUCGCAGGAGCGAGCGAAGCCGCACGAACUGGAGCCGCCACCGGUGGAGGAGGCGAGUGCUUUGGACCCCUUCCGCUCUCCUCAUGGACUGGGCACUUUGGGGCUUCAGGGUCACAACGCUCACUCUUCGGCUUCACUGGCCUUUGCAAGGAGUUCGUACGAGGCUGCGCAGCUGGCUUAUGCCAGGGGUGAUCGAGCUGGGUACGAAGCAGCUGUGCGGGCCUACACUGCCCACACUGAGCAAGCAGCUUGGAGUGCCUAUGUCGAGCAAGAACGACUGGCUCAAGCAGCAGCGUACCACCACGCCUUACAUCGAAACUUCGAGGCAGCUCAGGCACAUGCUCUAUAUGCGGAAGCUGCCAGAUUGGAAGGUGCACAAGGUCUACCUCCGGUCAUGGAGCCCACAGGGCACCCGCAAUGGCCUGGCAUGGGUGCAGCUGCAGAUGCGACAGCACAGCUUGACGCCCUGAACGCCUUGAAGCGCCAUGGUGGCGAUGCUGGUGAUCGCGCGGCACCCACAGAGAAGGCCAUGCUUGGUGGCAGAGAAGAUGUGAUGGAGUUGCUGCAAUCAAUCCUUCCAUCAAAUGCAAGGAUAAACGUCGCGCCCGGCGCUGGCGCGCCGACGCCACAAGCCAGCGCGGCAGCGCUGCAAGGUGGAUUUCGGGGACGAGGCUAUGGAGUUCCUGGCACCCCUCAUGGAGUAGGCCUGGGAGAUCCAAGACUCAAUCCCGUGUUAGGAGCUCUGAGCCAGAUGAGCUCUUUGCCGCCAGAUCUUGCAGCCGCGUAUGCCGCUGCCAAGCCGGGAGCAGCUGGAGCUCAAUCUGGAGGUUGGAGACCGUCUCUGCGACCCUCCAUGUCUCCGGAGGAGCAGCUCCUUCAUGCGCACGCUGCACAGCAUGCUGCGGCUGCACAGGCAGCUGCCGGCCUGGCUGACGCCAGGCCACAGCCCCUGCAACCGGGAAUGACCAAUGCAGGCUUCGGAGCCGCGGGGGAUCCAGGAUGCAGUGGGCAUAAGGCAAAAGGUGGUCAGGACAGACAAAGCAAAGGAAAGGGCCGGCAUAAGGGCUAA